GUCACGUGAAAGUGGUAUGAUCGACAUAACGUAGACACAGCAGAUCCCAAUGUUAAUGGCGCGUAUACCAUUGAAUAUGGCUUAGAAAUAUCUUGAUCGCCCCUCAUCCGCGACAUCUCUUCUCAAACCUCGACUUUAAUACCAGAGAAUAAACUUCCUCUACAGUUCUCAAUCAGUCGGGAUACCGCAGUCCCGGAAAUCAUGCCCCAUAAUGCGCAUGACGCACGCCGUGACUCUUCACACCACGGCCAUCAUGCCAACCACACGGAUAUUGCAACCACCAUAGACGACAUCAUCUCGAAUCUCAGCGAGAUAGCUAUCGAGGAAGAGACCGAGCCCAAUGGAAAGGCGAGAUAUGUGCUGGGCAACAGAAACCGCGACGACGACGAAGAUGACGACUACGUGUGGGAAAACAACCCGAUUGUGAAACGCUUCGAUGGAGACCUCAGACAUCAGUAUCUGGCUUACAUCUCCAAAAUCAACGACAGCCAAUGUCGCGCGGGGGACCUCGCCGAAUUCGUCAAGCCCGGCGUUGUCCACAACGGCUCCGACCCAAUGUCGGUCGAUGAGUAUGCAAGCCUCAUAAGUGACAGCAAAAGGGACCUCCCCGGAUUGCACUUUGAGGUCGACAUGCUCAUCGUGGAGAAGAAUCAAAGUCUGAUUAGUCCCACCACUUCCCCUACUCCUGCUACUGCUGCGAAAAGUACCAGCACCGCUGGCACUCCUAGCAAGAAGGAUGAUAGUGCACACAAAUGCGACGGCUCGGUCGCGGCCAGGCUCAAAUUGACCUACAAGCCGACACCAACGACGCAAGACACGUUUUACGAGCAUGUUUUUUACGCCCUGGAACAGGGCAAGAUAUGUAGAGUCUGGAGUCUGCUGGACGGGGCAGGUCUCAAGUGGAAGGAGAAGAGGGACGGCGGGACUCGCACGCAGGGAUAAAUGAUGACCGAGACAACGCGGGUGGUAUCACCGCCUUUGCACGCAUCCGAGUGAGGUGGGCUUUGCUGAUGAACAGGGAAUCACGUGGCUCGAUCGCUACUAUUACCAAUACUUCUUGCUGGAAAACCGGGCACUGUUAAAUGGAUAAUGAAAGGAAUAAGGAAUGUACUAUCUAGUACUGCAUAUUAUGUCCAGAGACCUUACGCGGUGAGGUGACCAUCAUUUGAUAUGACAUUAGAACUGUUACGGCCCGGGAUACUCGCCACUGACAUUAAGGAGGGUGGGCGCGGAGUUGGAAGCGGCCUAGUGACGCC